CGCGCGCUCUUCCCUUUGCAAGUUGGCAGAAAAACAGUAGCGUGGUUGGCGUGGUAGCGAGUAGGUAGAGUAGCAAACAAGGAUGGCGCCGGCAAGUUGCGGGAGGUGGUUCUUGAUCGCCCUCUCAUUAACGAUCGGCCCACAACUGAUCGUUUGUGCCGAGGAAGCGUGUCGUUCGUACGGCGGCGGCCAAGUUUACCCGCAAGAGAACACAAAGUCUUCGGCGCAUAACCUCCACUGGAGCAAAACCCAAAUUUCCAAGCCGGCGCCCUACUUCUCCGGGACAGCGGUUGUUAAUGGAGAGUUCAAAGAGCUCAAGCUCUCGGACUACAAGGGAAAGUACCUGGUGUUUUUCUUCUAUCCGCUGGACUUCACUUUUGUCUGUCCCACGGAAAUCAUUGCAUUCAGUGAUCGCGUCCAGGAAUUCAAGGCGCUGAACGCGGAAGUGGUGGCAUGCUCUGUCGACUCGCCGUUCACCCACCUUGCAUGGAUCAACACACCAAGGAAACAGGGUGGCCUCGGACCUAUCAAGAUUCCGCUGCUCUCCGAUCUCACUCACCAGAUCUCAAAGGACUAUGGUGUCUACCUAGAAGACCUGGGCCACACACUGAGGGGUCUGUUCAUCAUUGAUGACAAAGGCAACCUCCGCCAGAUCACCAUGAACGACAUGCCGGUGGGUCGAUCUGUGGACGAGACGCUACGAUUGGUGCAGGCUUUCCAGUACACCGACAAGCACGGCGAAGUCUGUCCUGCGGGAUGGAAGCCCGGUGGAGAUACGAUUAUCCCUACUCCAUCGGAAAAACUGAAGUACUUCAGCAAAGUUGUCGAUCCGGAGUAACUCCCUUUCACGACAAGCACUGGCUACUUCUUUCACAAUACCUCCAUCGCUAUAAGAAAAAAGGACGAAGAAAACGUGUGCAUCUGCAAGCAUUGAAACUCAAUUUUUCCAUGACAAAUUUCAGUCCUAUACAUUAUUCUCCUGGUCAACAUACAUGAAUAUACCUAGUCUGUUUUAUGUCACACUUCACAUUUUUCCAUUGAAAAUAGUUUUUCAAUAAAGAGUACCUUGUGCCA